CCCGUAGAGGUGCUGGUACUCAGUCCCGGCGUUGAGUACCGGCUGAGGAGAAGCGCUGCCCUCCUGUCACUAGUAGUGGAGACAGAGAGUGGGGACGAGGCACCGGGAUGCUCCGCCUGCCUGCACGUCGCAUGUUAAAGCAAAUAUCCAUUGUUUGAUCUGAGCGCAGACUUUCUGGCGAUGUGUUAUAGUUAGUUUGGCUGGGCCGCUAUGAUGGACUAACUGUGAUGCAUUGUGUCAUGCAGGUUACAGUGAUGAAAGGCAGCAGCAGCAGCAGGAAUAAGGAGCACUCAGCAGCUGACGGAGACGGGGCUGGGAAACGACCAAAGAGAAAGUGCCUGCAGUGGCAUCCGCUGCUCGCUAACAAGAUCCUGGACUUUUCCGAAGAGGAGGAGGAAGAGGACAUAGAUAAGGUCCAUCUCAUUGAUGCUGAUGGCCUAGAGCACGAUGUUGAUGAAGCCGAAGACAACGAAUCACCUGAGCAGAGAGCUCGGCGACCUAUGAACGCUUUCUUGUUGUUCUGCAAGCGCCAUCGUUCUCUUGUACGUCAGGAGCAUCCUCGGCUGGAUAACCGUGGUGCAACAAAAAUAUUGGCGGAUUGGUGGGCUUACCUGGAUCCUAAUGAGAAGCAAAAGUAUACUGAUAUGGCAAAAGAGUACAAGGAUGCAUUUAUGAAAGCACACCCUGGUUAUAAGUGGUGCCCAGCAACUAAUAAACCAGUGAAAGCCCCUUCUCCUACUGUAACAACCAGAAAAAAGAUAUGGACCUUCCCUCCAGAAUCGGUUAAAGAAAUUCCAAGUCCCAAGAAAAUGGCAAAGGGAGAAGACGUGCCACAGCUGAACUUUGGCAUUGCAGAUCCAACGCAAAUGGGAGGACUUACUAUGCUGCUACUUGCUGGUGAACAUGCCUUGACUGCGCACAGAGAUCAAGCUAUGACUGCACAAGUAGAAAAUACAGUGACUGAGGUCUCUUCAAACAUUGCUCAGAUAAAGGAACCUGAUUCUUUUCAGCCCACCAAGAAGUCCCCAUUAUUUGAAUAUGCAGAGAUUUCUUCUAGCGCAUCACAUUCAGAUGUCCUGAUGCCUGCUAAGCGGUGCGAGAAGUCUGCACUGUUCCAAUUUGCUGAGAUAUCGUCAAGUACCUUACAGAUUAACUGUCCUGAACCUCCAAAACGCUGUGGAAAAUCAGCCCUUUUCCAUUUAGCAGAGAUUUCCUCAAGCUCAUCACAUUCCGAUUCAUCCGCAUCAGCUAAGCAGUUUGGGACAUCAGCAUUGUUUCAGCUUGCAGAGAUGUGUGUGGCCUCAGAAGCCGUGAAAAUAGAAAUUUCAGGAAACUUAAAUCCAGAAAAACUGAAGGAUUUGGAUGUUGUGGAGGCAGACGAAGACAUGAAUGAUAGCAGUGAGAAAGAAUGUUCCAAUGUUAGUGAAGUCGAAGGAUUUAGCGAUGUUAAAAUUAAAACACACAGUUCUUCUUCCCCAGAGCGCUUGGAUGCACACUUCGUUGGACUCCUUAAACAGGACAAAAUUAAAAAGAAAAAGAAGAAAAAUAAAACUGACCAUGAAGCUGCUGAGAAAGGAUCUCCGAAGAAGAACUGUAAAAAAAGACAGUCAUCUGAGUCUGACAUUGAAAGUGUCAUGUACACUAUAGAAGCGGUAGCAAAGGGAGACUGGAGUGUGGAAAUGCCUUCCGUUUCUUCAGGCAAAAAAGUACGUACUGCUGCUAGUCCAAAACAGAACUCCUCAGACUAUAAACCAACUAAGAAAAAGGCAAAAGCUAAAGAAAAGAGCGUGCUGAAAGAUAAAGCUGCAGAGACUACCAAAGACUUGACAGAACCAGAGCCCAUAAUUUUGACACCUUCCAUGGAAUCUUCUUCUGAAUUCCAGGAAGAGCCACUGUCUCCUGCAGAGGAUGUCUCUAUGCUGUGUUUGCCAGAUAUGCUGAAGACUGAGGAUGAUGACACUAACAAAAGGUCUGAAGCAUGUGGGUCAAGGAAGUCAGAGAGAACCUGUAAAGGGGCUCUUUAUAAAACUCUGGUCUCUGAGGGAAUGUUAACCACCUUGCGAGCCAAUGUUGACAGAGGUAAAAGAAAUAUAGGAAAAGGUGGCUCAUCUGACCAUGAGGGCUGUUGGAAUGAUGACAACUGGACCAUUAAUCAAAGUGGAAAUAAGAAACUGAAGAAAUUAAAACCAAAAGAGGAAGGGACCAUUGGAUUGGCAAAGCUGGAAGAAGAGUUUGAGAAGAAGUUCAAUAGCCUUCCUCAGUACAGCCCAGUUACAUUUGACCGCAAAAACACUUUGAUUCAGAGAAAGAAGAAAAAGCUUAAUAAUGGACAAGUUGAGCAACCGAAAGCAAAUAAAGGUCCCUUACAGUCACAAAAGAAGAACCUAUUUCACAAAAUUGUGAGCAAAUACAAAAAUAAAAAGGAAAAGCAAAGCGUAUCAGAUAAAGCCAUAACAGAAGACAAGACCACAAAUGAUAGCUCAAUGAGGGGCAGCACCAGUUCUGUUCCUCACAUUCCAGAACCUACAGCGAUUCAUGAACCUUUGGUUGGAAGUCAGAAGAGAAAAGCCAGAAAAACUAAGAUUACACACCUAAUUAGGUCUAUGGAUUGUCAGCCUUCAGUAGAUCAUCUUUUAGAUGGAAACAUUCCCCCAGAUAGUUACCAAAAUAGCUGCAGUAUGGAAGGCACUUGCAGAGCAGAAUUAACAAUCUCUAGAGAAACUGGCAAUGAACAGAAUUGCAGUAUUACUCAAGACAUGCCGGCUGUGUCUGCUUUCUUUAGCCUGGCUGCUCUGGCCGAGGUAGCAGCAAUGGAAAAUGUUCACAGGAGUCCUAGGUCCUCCCACUCAAGAGAUGGCCAGAAGAAAGAAGUGCCCCAGGCAGCUGUGCUUAUUUCCUGCGCUGACCAGUGAAGCUUCACUUUGACUUUUAACUCCAUUUUUAAAUCUAAGCCUUGAGCCUUACCUAACAAGGCAGAAUAAAUCCAUGAAAUGGGCAGACAUGAGUUUCACUUGAAGCUAAAAGCUUGGGCUUUGUCCUUAGAGUUUGAUUUGUUCUAGGCCUACUAAUGGGAAAAGAUGGUAAGAUCAUGUUUUCUAUGAUGGCUGAAAUUGGGAUGAAAUGUGAAAGAUGAAAUGCCAUCUGUGUCUCAGUAGAACAGAUCUUCGAUGCAGAGUGUGAUAGUAGUUUCAUAUUAUGGUUAUUUAAAAAAAAAAAAACUGAUGCACUGCACUAGUUAAUAGAUUUCCUUAGUAAUUUUGUAAUUAAGAUUUACGUUUGAAAAAUGGUUUAUAAAAUAGUUUAUGGUUACAUUUAUAUUGAGGCUAAGUUUAAAGGAUGUUCCAGGAAGACUUAAUCGUAGGCUCAGGUGUACCAUUGUUAGGGAUAUUAUGUGUCUCUUCCACCACGCUCAUCUUCUGCACUUCCGUAGUUUUAUGUAAUAAACAGAUUCUGCUUGAUAGCCUAAGCAGCAUGCCAAGUGCCAUAAACGCAGGCUUUCUAAAUGCCACUGACUACUUCAUUUCAAAUGGAAUAAUGGUUUAGUGCUAUGUUAACAGUUUCUAAUAUGCAUGAUUUACCCACUCAGUCAUAACCCUUCAUAGAUAUUGAUUAGUUCUGUUCAUAUGGCAACUUUUUUUUUUCUUUACAUUUAAAAAGAAAUAAGAACUGUUUCUGCGUUAGAGCAUUGUAUACCACCACAAAUACACAUUUAAAAAUGCCCAUGUUUUACCAGAAAAAAUGGAUUUGAAAGUGCACAGUAUGUAAUUGGCAGACCACUUAGUUAGACCUUUCUUUCUGAUGUAAACAUAUCUCAGGAAGUGUUGAGGAAGUCCGAAUCAAACUCCCAAGUUCUGGUAUCAUAGAAAAUUGUAUGUAUAUAUUUAAGAAUAUUGCCAAAUACUGUUUUAUAUAGGGGCACAUUAAGCUAGAAUUUCAGUUGAAAGCCUAUAUUUAGAAACGCACUAAAACUGAUACGUUCUUGUUAACUCUACAAUUUUCUUGCCCAGUUAUUUUAUUAUUGUCCUUGUUUGCAGGUAUGUACGAUGUGGCAUAUUACAUAGCUGCAAUCCUAUUCAAACAGCUAAGCUGUUGAUAGAAUACUGUUCUUUAGUUGACUGAUGCAUGUAGAUCAGGGAAAGUUACUGCCCUGGUCACCCCAGGGAAACAAACAUUAAUUAGCUAUGCACUAGCACUGCGUGUACCCACAUCAAAGUGAAGAAGGGGAGCAGUAUUUGUUUUUGUGCUCCUGUUGCUUUAAUUCAUCUUUUUUAUAACUUACAACUUAGAAAGCUAUUUUUAGAAGUAAAAAGUCACACAAUUUGACUUUUUAGGUUGGAAUAUUCAGUAAAAGUCUUCUUACAACGUAAAGUAUUGACAUCAAGGUAUUCAAAUUAUUUUUUUGUUUUUUUUGCUAUACUGUAGUUGCAAAUAAUCUUUGGUCAAUCUGAGCAGCUUGCACUGGUGAAAGCAAAGUUUGAGUUGACUUGCUGAAAGCAGUUGCAUGUUGGCUUGAUAUAAGGCUGUAAAUAACUGGUAGUGUCUUUCUGGUGAUCCGUGGUUUUUGUAUGUAUAGGCAGCCAACAAGAACAGACAAAUCAAUUAUUUGCCAAACACGAGAACUAAUUCCACAAAUUUUGGAUGUUUCCUGUGUAUAUGAGAUAAAUGGACAUUUCUGAAAUCUAUGUAGAAAAUACAUAACCCACAACAUUAAAAUGUUCUUAUCUACACUUAUGGAUAAAAUAAUAAUGAAUUAAUUACUUUUUCUUUUUUUUUUAAACCACUGGCUACAUAUGAUGUAGCAAAAGCCUUUGUACAGUUAGUUCUGUCUACUAGUUUAAGUGGCGUGAUGUAUUGCCUUGUUAUGUAUACCAUGAUUUCAAGAAUUUGAAUAUACAUAGAAUUUGGGUACUACAGCAAUAAACAGCUCUGCCUUUUUAUAAUAAUUAAAAAAUUAGCUUUAAGUCAGAAAACAUUACCCUUGGUAUCUUGGCCUUUGAAUCUGUCACUUGUUCGCUAUACACCACAAGCUGAAUGUUCAGGCUGUCUUGUAAAAGGCUGUUUUCGGCUCCUAUGUGCUUUUAGCAGAACCUCAAAAAUAAAUGUUUGUAAUGUUCAUAAA